AUGAUUACUUGCUUGCACAUCACUACCCGUCCCUCUUCCAAGAAGAUAACCAGUUACUGGUUUUGUCAUCCGGUUCAUUCCCAUCGCAGAAACAUGAACAUAAAUUUGGGAUUUAGGGUUUUAAGCUGCAGAAAUUGCAAUGGUGCUAUCAAUAUGGAACCAAGCUGCCAAGCUGAUGAUGGACCUAAUACUGCAACAGUUGAUGAUUAUGAACCAUUUAUAGAGGAUUACUCACUUUAUGCUGAUUAUGAUGCUGAGUUUAAUGUUGAAACUUCAUUUGAAAAACAACCAGAAGUGGAUUAUCUAGAGGGUAUGGUGAGUGAUGAUAGUGGAGAAGCUUUCUACUCUGAGAGAGGCCAUGGUUAUGAGGAUAGUGGAGAUGAUUCUGAUGACAGUGAAUACAAUGUGGAUGAGUCUAACAUACAAUUUGAUGUAGAUGUAGACAUGAGUGAAUUCCAUAAUGCUGUUGAUGUAGAUGAACAUGGAAUCUUGAACAAUCAUUCAAAAGAUGAAGGGAUUGACAUGGUUGAUAAUGAGUUGGAAGUUAUUGCCACUGAUGAUUAUCAAUUUGCAGGAUUUCAUGAAGAUGAUAGGAAGAGACUGCUAAAAGAGUUGAGUAAGUCAAGUACAUGCUCACAUGGAUAG